UAAACAAACAGACGGCGUUUUGACACCAUACACUCCCGUGCCUCUUCUUCGGGCCUCGUAUCCUGUCGCCCUGCACAUACGUUGACACUUGCACCUCGGAGGAGACCAACACACGCCCCAGAGAUGACAGAGAGGGUGUGAGGAGAACGUGUAAUGUGAAUGUACAAAACAUGAUGCGGCGUGGCGGUGGCUUCUGGUUGUGCCGACGGCCUCUCCUGAGUGCUGUGCAGGUGCUGGCUUGUGUGGGAGCCUUUAUGCUGGGCAGCCUCGUGACCCUCAUGUCCAUCGAUCCCAUGAGGUGUGACAUACAUCAGUGCACGGAGAAGAUCAAACGCACCGAUGUGGAAGAUGUCAAUAGCUGGCUGGGCAUGUGGGGGAAAGGUAACAGGGGUGCAGAGAAGAGCGUGUUCCUUGUGAUUGUUAUGCUGAGUGCCCCUGCCAACAAGGAGCAGAGGGAAGUGAUACGACAGACAUGGCUCAGUGAGGAGAAGGCAGACACCCUUCACUUUUUUGUGAUAGGAACUGGUAGCCUGAAUGAAGACCUCAAUGUCUCAGUGUUGGCUGAACAGAAAAAACACGGGGACCUGAUGCUGCUGAGUAAUGUGGUGGACUCAUACCAGGCACUAACCAAGAAGCUCUUAGCAAGUCUUGUAUAUGUUCAUUACAAUGUUAGGUUUAGAUUUUUGAUGAAAUGUGAUGAUGACACUUAUGUUCGUCUGACAGAGCUGCACAAGGAGCUUAAGAGUGUUCCAUACAAGCAACGCCUGUACUGGGGUUUCUUUGAUGGCAGAGCAUCGCCAAAGAAGAGUGGCCCAUGGAAAGAGGAUGACUGGAUUUUAUGUGAUAGGUAUUUGCCAUAUGCUCUUGGAGGAGGCUACAUCCUUUCUUCUGAUGUUGUAAACUUUGUUGCAAGCAAUUCAAAACACAUGAAGCUGUUUAGAAAUGAAGAUGUUUCUCUUGGGACAUGGCUGGCACCUCUGGACCUGCACAGAGUUCAUGACACGAGGUUUGACACAGAGUACAAGUCAAGAGGGUGUAAUAAUAAGUACCUGGUGUCUCACAAACAGAGCACUCUACACAUGCAGGAAAAGUUUAAUGCCUUGAAUACCCUUGGAAGGAUGUGUCGUGAACAGUUUCAGGUUCGAAGGUCAUAUAAUUAUAAUUGGAAUGCACUGCCCUCACAGUGCUGCAUUAGGAAUGAUUCUUCAGUACCCUAAACUGGCUCUUGAGCAUUGUGGUGAUGGCAGUCAUUGCAGAUACCUCCUCAGUACCGGGCAUACUUGUGCAAUACAAGAAUUCAUGACUAAGUAAUUGGAUGUGUCACCUGUCAAUCUGUGACCUUUCUUAAUACAAGUCAUACAAUAGAAGAGAUUCUGAGCAACAGUAUUAAUACUAUCUGUCUAUUUAUCUAUAUAUUUACCUGGUUGAAAUUCCUUGAAAGAAUAGCAAAGAGGAGGGGUUGUCAGUCCUCUUGGUCCGUCCCUUUUAUUUGCCUUUUUACAGUAUGGAAGCAAUAUGAACAGUAAGGAAUAAGUUAAUUUCAUGCCAGGGAUAUGUACAUCAGAUGCGGCACUUUUUUGUGCGUAUAGGAGGGGAACUGGGGAAUGGCAACAAAACUGCAGUAUAAAAGAUCAACUCAGCUUCUAGUCCCUGAAAAGAAUCAAAACCUGUAGUCUUAAAACUUCACUCUCGAAAGAGUGUAUCAGUAUUGAAGUGUGCUGCUGGAAUGACUCAAAGUUUUAAGUGGAAAUGAGAUUGCACCAAAGAUCAACUUCAUCCUUUUUUUUUCUUUACAGUGAUAAGAUUAGACAGCUGUAUCUCUGGACAGUAUUGUUUAUACGAGUAUAGUGUGAUGAGUGCUGGGAGAGAUUUGAGGCAAGCUGGUGAAAUGUAGAUUCCUCUGGGGAGACCCUUAGGUGAGACUCCCUUAUCAUGACAACUCUUAAGCAUGCCCCACUACUGAACUUGUUGUUUGGGUAUUCUCAGUUUAGUCAGCAUUUGUUUAAAAAAGAUACUGCUGCUUCUUAUAUGCACCUCAACACUGCAUCAAUGAAUUCUCAUCCACACUUGGUGUACAGUUAAACAGUGAGCAGAUCAUAAUCUGUCACUGAAGAUAAAAUAUAGAAGGAAGAAGCUGGCAAUUAAUCCAUUAUAGGAAAUAGUUUAAAUUCAAAUGGGAGAGUUCAGCCACCACUACAUUAUGAUACAUUGGCAUUGCAGUAUAGUAUCAGUUAAGAGGUCAUGAGAGUGGAUCUUAUGAUCUAUAGGCACUGUUGAAAAGCAACAUAUACUUCACAUGAUACUCAUCACCUGAAGAAGGUAUUGCUUAUAGUUUUGUGAAUUCUCCAUCUAUCCAUGAGGCUUUCUUUAUAAAUGUCACUAUUUUUAUUAUGUGGCAUUGUGUGGCAUUUAUUGUUCUGAGUAGCCUCCUUUCAGCACAGAAGGAAUUUUGUAACUUGACCAUGUGAAGGACUUGAACCUUACUUAGAAAUAAUGUAAUUUUGCAAUGAAGAUAAAUAAAGAUAAAUAGGAGUACUGAAGUAAAACAAUGUCACAACUACCAGUGAUACUCAUAUUAUUCAAACUAUACCACAUGGAAAUUGAAAAUGCAUAAAGGUGUUUUCAGGUUAGUAAGGUUUUUGAGAAGUACCAUGACAAUCUUUUGAUUUUUAUAUUUGCAUGUCAAGAAAUAAUCAUGAUUUCCGGAAAGUGGUUAAUACAAAUGUCUUCAUAUGUAUAUGUAGUGUGGAUUUUUAUAUUUGAUUUUGGCAUUUUUCUAGCAUAGGAGCUAAUCAUCACACACACACACACACACACACACACACACACACACACACACACAC